AUGUACACCUGUCAUUACACAGUGGAGAAUGCUUAUUUAUUUACUACGGAUAGUACAGGAAUCAAGCGUAAGGCUACACCGCCAUUUGGGCCCCAGGUGUCAAAAAGGGCGCAAAUUCUUGUCAUCAACCCCAUUGCCUCCCUCGUCAAGCUACAACCUCGCCACAAUCACAAGUCUUUGCCGCUGCCACCAUCGUUAUCGACCACAUCAUGCCUCUCCACCGUCUCCAGCUCCACACCAACGCCCAACACAUAUGCCUGGCGAAGUUUGGAGGGGGUCGAGCAUUGCCAGCAACUACACCACACUAACCAGCCACGGACGCGAACUCGCUGCCACGUCGACACCCUGUUGACCAACCUCAACAUCAUGGUCGACGUCCCCUCGCCUGUCACGUCAGGCUCCCUUGCUUGUAAGUUGCCAACGUCAACCUAUGAUGUCUACGGUCUACCUGCUAAUGUGUACAUUCCCUCUCUAGACUACUUCACCCCUCAUGUCGCCAACAUGUCGCUAACUGCUUGCCGUCAUGUCACCUCCACCACCAGUCAACGAAGGGGGCACAUGGGAGAGAGUAUCAUGAUAGCAGGGAAGGGAGCCAUUGGGGGGGAUGUAGCCAGGAUGGUCAGCUGGGAAUGGGCUGGACCCGACACGUCUAUUCCAGCUAGCCUGGAACCAGACCCCUAUUAG